ACAUAUACGCAGCGAAAUUUGGUAUUUGCAGAGUUAUUAUCAUUGCUUGCAUUUACUACCGUUUUAAUAAAGCUUCAUAAACGAAAGUAUAUCGUGUCGAACAGGUGCCAAAUUGAUUGAAUGGCGCUACGCAAUCCAAAACGUACUCCCAAAAACUUACACUGCUGGCAGUGCUAAUUGUUGAGUCAUCAGCGUCCCAGUCAAUAACACAGAGCAGAAGAAGAGUUGCAGCAGCCUUGGAGGUAACGGCAAGCGCUAGACCGUAUACGUAGGUUGCGUGAAAAGAGCGCACCACUACCACAGCCACAGGUGAGAGGCAGUUGCGUAAAUGAAAAGUGGCGUAAGCUGCAUCUGCGGGUGAAACUCCAACGCUACCCAACAACUAAACCAUCCCCCAAUACGAACGCGCCUACGUUUACACACACGUUACGGGUGGCUAACUAAGCAGAACUCAACUGCAAAUGGAGGACUACAAGUUCUUAUUUAAAAUUGUGCUCGUGGGCAAUGCAGGCGUUGGAAAGACAUGUUUGGUGCGACGCUUUACUCAGGGUCUCUUUCCGCCCGGACAGGGAGCUACAAUUGGUGUGGACUUCAUGAUUAAGACCGUUGAGGUCGAGGGCGAAAAGAUUAAGCUGCAAAUCUGGGAUACUGCCGGACAGGAGCGCUUUCGUUCCAUCACACAAAGUUACUAUAGAUCAGCGCACGCGCUGAUACUCGUUUAUGAUAUCAGCUGCCAGCCUACGUUCGACUGCUUGCCCGACUGGCUGAGAGAGAUCCAGGAGUAUGCCAACUCGAAGGUGCUCAAAAUACUGGUGGGCAACAAGACGGAUCGCGAUGAUCGUGAAAUUCCCACGCAAAUAGGCGAGGAGUUUGCUAAGCAACAUGAUAUGUACUUCCUGGAAACAUCCGCCAAAGAGGCGGAAAAUGUAGAGCGCCUGUUCUAUGAAAUCGCCGCCGAGCUCAUUGGCCAAGCGCGCAGCAAGGACGGCACCAGUGCCGCCGCUGCGGCUGCACAACGUCAGUCGGAUGGCGGCGGCUCCAUUGGACUGGGCAGCUUAAGUGCCAAAGCAGCUCAGGGCAACUGUUGCGGUGGAUCGAACAGCUCGAGCAGCGGCAACGCCAACUCCAACUCUAGUCAAGGCGGCUGAGCAGGGAACGUAGCAAUAAAAAAUCGGCAACUGGCAGCUUUCAGCUGAGAAGCAACUCAAUGACUAUGGAUGCUAAAUAUUUGUGUUAAAAACUCCAUUGGAUGUGUAGUUUUAGUACUCCUUGAUUUUCUCUUAGUAUUAUUUGUUAUAGCAUAGAUCUGAAUCGGAGAUCUGGUUGGUGACAGCAUCACGAGUUUAUGCUUUAAAUUCAUGUUUAUAUUGAAAA